ACAGGCUGGUAGGACGGCGGCAGCGCCCCCUACAGGCUGGGAGGGCGGCGCGGCCGACGAGCACGGGGGCCCUUUCUUCUUUUCCUUUCUUCUGCUCGCUUGUUAAAGGCCCGCGAGGAACCAUCAUUUUAAAGAAAACUUGACCUAAGAAAAUAAUUUACAAGGAGAAGAUUGCUCGCAACUGCCAGCAGCAGCAGCAGUCUGGAGGGGCCCCUGGCCGUGCCCAGAGGCUCAGUCAAUUGGAAGAGAGAGUGCUGGUGAUUAUGCGCUCAGAUGCCCCACAAGCAAUGGCCACCGGUGGACUGGAGAUCGUUAAUAAUGAUGACACACAGGACAUGCCGCCUGCCUUCGCCCAAGCUGAGGAGCUGCAGGAGUCAGAGGAGGAAGAGGAGGAUGCACCGUCGCUGCAGUUGUCACUCCCAUCCACCAGCUCAGAUCCUGGCACCUCGCGGACUCUGGAGGACAGUUUAGCGGCGAGAUCUACACGUCGUGAAUCACCAGUUAUGGAGAGCAAAAAACUGAUUAGUGCAACCGACAUCCAUCACUCGGGAACAUUGUUGAAGUCUCUUAAUGAGCAGCGGGCCCAAGGACUGUUCUGUGAUAUUACAAUAAUUGUGGAGGAUCGCAAAUUUCGAGCACAUAAGAAUGUCUUGUCAUCUGCCAGUAGCUACUUCCAUCACCUUUUCAGUCUCGAUGCCACCAGCAAUGUCAACGGACAAGUCCUUGAACUGAACUUCGUGAGAGCAGAGGUAUUUGCCGAGAUCCUGAAUUUUAUCUACACCUCCAAGUUGGUUCAUGUGAAUGCUGAACUUGUAAGUGAGUUGAUUCAUUCUGGGCAGGCCUUGGGGCUAAGAUUCCUCGCUGACAUAGGGGAAUCGCUUUCAAAGUUAAAAGGAUUGGCACCAAAUGUCAACAGUGCUGCCUCUGUGAUAAACUCCAGGGGUGAGGCCACGCAGAAUAUUGAUGCUGAGUUAACAGUGCAACCUGAACGUUUGAUUGUACACGUUGAAGAAGGAGGUCUGGGACCACGAAUAACUGAUGCCUUCUCCCUGUCUAGUGCAGAGUUUAGGGUUGCAAAAGGUAAUGGUAAGGACUCAGCCAGCGGUGAAGACUCAGAUGAUAGUGAUGAUGUUAUUUUCUGCAGUGUAAUUUCACCACCUAAACAACCUUCCAGUGUAGCGAGCAUGGGUUCAAUGAAAACAAGAAUUAUUGUUCCUAAUGUACCAGUGAGUUCUGACAAUUUAGGAGUUCAAACAAUACAAAGUACCCUGGCACCAGAGACAUCCUUGAAUGUUGGGGGUUUUCAAGUCAAUAUCCCCAAUGGAAGCACGGAAAGUGGGCAAAAUACUGCAAGCAACCAGCAAAGCACAAACGGCGUAAAUGUGAAGUUUCUUCAAGAUGGCAAACAACUUGUGACUAUAGAUAAAAUGGCGGGCAUUGACACGUUGUCUAAAGGUUGCAGAGUCUAUGCAAAUAUCGACACAAAUCCUAACACGUAUCACAUUGUGGUGCCGAACAAAGAUGACCUUGCCAACCGUGAACCCAAGCAGAACAAGCAGCCAGGGUUUGCUGACCAGAACUUGCUUCUGAUCGGAGUCAAGGUGUCCGAAGAUGGAGGCCACUCGAGCAUUCCAACGAUGCCUGAAAAUUCUGGUGCUCAUGUGAACGAUUCAAGACCUAUAUACAUCAAUGAAGAGUUCUUUCCCGAUGCAAAGCGAAUGAAAAAGGAACAAGAUCAUUAUGAGUUAAUUGUAGAUGGACGAGUAUUUUAUGUGUGCAUUGUUUGUAAGCGGUCUUAUGCAUGCCUGACUAGCUUGAGAAGGCACUUCAAUGUUCACUCCUGGGAGAAGAAAUAUCCUUGCCAUUACUGUGAGAAAGUGUUUCCACUGGCAGAGUAUCGUACGAAGCACGAAAUUCUCCACACUGGCGAACGGCGGUACCAGUGCUUGACCUGUGGCGAGACCUUCAUCAAUUACCAGGUGAUGUCGUCACACAUCAGGUCGGCCCACAGCAAGAAGAUUGGAAAGAGCACGGCUGAAGACGAGACUGUUCCCGACUCAAAGCUUUACCGCUUGCUGCCGUGCAAAAGCUUACAGAUCAGACAGUAUGGGUUCCUAACUGCAAGCGCAUCAAGCGCAGUGGCUAAGAUUAAUGAAGACGGAAUAUUGUAUCAUGUAGGAAAUGACAGUGAAGGAACUCCGCAGCUUGCCACCCCAGAGACCAUUGGGGGUGGUAAGCCAUCCACCUGGGAUGAUAUUUUCCCUCAGGAAGGAACCCCAGUUUACAGGUACAAUUCCUUAGAUGGCAAUUCCGAAUUAGAAUUUGUUAUACCAGAAUCCUUCAGAGAAAUGGCUUGAAGUCAUUCAAGCUAUGCCGGAACUGAUCGUAACAAACACAUGGACUGUGAUACCUGGUGAACUGCUGACAGCCAACCUUUGGUCAUAGUAUUGUACUAACUGACUAGUUAAGCAUUUGUGUUUCAGGCAAACAAAUUAUUCAGUGGCUGGACCAUUGUGUGGGUAACUCAGUCUUUUUUUUUUGAAGAAAUAGCAUUUCUGUCAAACGUAUUGAUGUCACUGUAGAAUGCAUCAAGAACUGUGAAGCGGAAUGUAGCUGUGGCUUUGAACAAAAAUGCAGAUUCUAUGCUGACAUUUCGUCAGAAGUAGCCCGGAAUCAAUGGACAUUCUUAUGCAAUAUACAUUAUUUUGAAAGAAUUUUCAAUUAGUUUCAUCCUUACUGGUCCAGCAGCCGUUACCCAGAUGUUUAUAUUUACAUAUUUCUGAUCAGGAACUGAAUUUGUGGAAAUGUUAUGUGCUAGCACUUUUAAUUUUACAUUGUACAGCUGAGAUAAUGGGCUACUGUUGUAUCUUUUCUAGUAAAUCAUCUUCCUAAGCAUUAUGGAUUACUAUUUUAGUGUUGUACACAAUUAACUAAUCACUAGGUCCUACUUCCUAAAGUGACUUCCUGGCAUUUUUAAACACAAUGUGUAGAAGAUCAUCAGAGUGUACAGUGCUGCAGCACUUUCAUUAAACAAAGAAGGAGCAAAACUCAUUCCAGCUUUUGUUGCUGGUGAUGAAUAGGUGAAAAGAAAUAACCCAAAUUGGUGUAAGUGCAGGAUGUGGCAGCUCUUCUGCGACCAGCACGAAGGAAAGGCAAGUGGUGAUGAUAAUAGGUCAACAUCCUCAUCAGACAAAUACAGCUUAACUCAGAAAGCCUGUCUUCCAUUCAUUCCAUGAUCAUUGUCUUUGCAACAUCACUCACUCUUUCACAGUUUGACAUGUAUCAUUUGAAUUAAGAAUGUGCCGGAUUAAACUAGAUUAAUAAAUAUGGAAUGAAUAAUGGAAAAGGAUGGGUGAGGAAACAUUGAUGUAACCCCUAAGGUGUUGCGUAGUCCAGCAUGUAACAUAGAUUAUUUUGGACAACAUGAUCCGAUAGCAGAUUUCUUACCGGCCAUUAUUUAGAUUUAUGUUCUGUUGAUUAUGUUUUAUUAAACUAGAUGCUCAUGCAGUACUUUGGGAUGAAAGCUUAUAAAUCUAAUAGUUAAAAAGAUGAACAAUUAUCUGCAAUAUUUGAAAUAUCUAAAAUAUGCAUGAAAGUGCUAUUUUGUUUGCCAGAUUCCAAUUUUACAAGUAUUCUUCUCUGUUUUUAUUCUACUGUGAAGUUGGCAGUGUUUGUACUUAACAGAAUCUAGCUUCUAUUUGCAUAGUGUAAUAAUACCAUUUUCAUGUAUGGCUUUGGGCAUAAUUUAUCAUUUUGUAGCUCUUAUCAUUGUUUUGCUGAUGUUUUAGAUAUGCUUUGAAGAAGAAUUAGGAUUGCAAUGUUUUAUUAACAGUGAUUGAUGGAUGCUGGAUUUUUCUGAUGCAAUUUCACCCAAACUACUUUUAAAAGUUAAAAAGAAAAUCCUAAAUUAGCAAUUUAGAAUAUUUUAAUGGUCAAAAUAUCACUGUAGCAAUGUAUGUCAUUUGCCCAAGUCUCUCAAUACUUACAGUGCCCUCCAUAAUGUUUGGGACAAAGACCCAUCAUUUAUUUAUUUGCCUCUGUACUCCACAAUUUGAAAUUUGUAAUAGAAAAAAAUACGUGGUUAAAGCGCAUAGU